CUGAAAGAGAAGUUCAAGGAAGGAUGGAAUCCUCCUAAGAAGCUUUCUCCCGACGCGAUAGAAGGAAUCCGACACUUGCAUCAGGUGGCACCAGAGCAGUUCACUACACCUGUUCUCGCUGAGCAGUUCAAGGUUUCACCAGAGGCGAUUAGACGUAUCCUGAAGAGCAAAUGGCGGGCAUCAGACAAAGAA